CAUCCCAAGCCGUCGCCGUCGGGAUCUUCGGCGUCGACCCGGAGGGAGAGCUCGAUUCAUCUCCCGGCGAGAGCAACGGCCGAGCGGCGCGAGCAACUUGCAGCGCGGCCGCUGUCAGUCCACCCCAAGUCGCCGCACGUGCCUCCAUUUUGACCAACCGCGCUGCUAUUUCCGGUUUUAUCGACCCAAGAUCGCGCCUUUACACCAACGCUCCGGCUCCUCCUCCCCAGUCCGUCUGCCGUGCCCCCGUUCUGCCCGUCUCCCGCUAGAUAAACCCUAACCGGGGGAAGGGACCAUGAGGGGGAAGAAAGCGCUCAAGGACCUCAAGCUCGACGUGCCGGCGCAGGAGACGCCCGUCGAUAAGUUCCUGACGGCGAGUGGUACAUUCAAGGAUGGUGAACUGCGACUUAAUCAAAGAGGUUUGCAGCUUAUCUCAGAGGAAAAUGGAGAUGAAAAUCAGUCAACAAACAUGAAGGUGGAAGAUGUACAGUUAUCAAUGGAUGACCUAGAGAUGAUUCAGGUCAUCGGUAAGGGAAGUGGUGGGGUCGUCCAACUCGUGCAGCACAAGUGGGUGGGCACAUUUUAUGCCUUGAAGGGCAUUCAAAUGAACAUUCAGGAGGCAGUUCGCAAACAAAUAGUACAGGAGCUCAAAAUAAAUCAAGCAACGCAGAGCCCACAUAUAGUUUCUUGCCAUCAAUCUUUUUACCACAAUGGUGUAAUAUAUCUUGUUCUGGAAUACAUGGAUCGUGGAUCUCUUGCAGACAUAAUUAAACAAGUUAAAACCAUUCUGGAGCCAUACCUCGCAGUACUUUGCAAGCAGGUUUUGGAGGGUCUGUUAUAUCUUCAUCAUGAAAGGCAUGUAAUUCACAGGGACAUAAAGCCAUCUAACUUGUUAGUCAACCAUAAAGGUGAAGUAAAGAUCACCGAUUUUGGCGUAAGUGCAGUGCUAGCAAGUUCAAUAGGUCAGCGUGAUACAUUUGUUGGAACCUACAACUACAUGGCGCCUGAGCGGAUUAGUGGCAGCUCCUAUGACUACAAGAGUGAUGUAUGGAGUUUGGGCUUAGUAAUACUUGAAUGUGCCAUUGGCCGCUUCCCCUAUAUUCCUCCAGAAGGAGAUGGUUGGUUGAGCUUCUAUGAACUAUUAGAAGCAAUUGUUGACCAGCCACCACCUUCUGCACCUGCAGAUCAGUUCUCACCAGAAUUCUGCUCAUUCAUCUCUUCCUGCAUACAGAAGGAUCCUGCAGAACGGAAGUCUGCUUCAGAACUCUUGAACCAUCCUUUCAUCAAGAAGUUUGAGGGCCAGGAUCUAGACCUAAAGAUCCUCGUCGAGAGCCUGGAACCGCCUAUGAAUGUGCCCGAGUAAGGUGGUCACCUGGAGGCGUGAGUGAGGCUUUAGAGUGAGUUUCAGGGUCGCCAUUCUGACAGCGUCACAUAUUUGUCCUGAACCGGCAUCAUCUUCCCCUAUAGUAUGUGAAGAUGUAUGCUCAGAUUGCCAGAGUUGUCGUAUUAUUAAUGUAUGACUUAAGGCCCUUUUGUUGUGUGUCUUGACAUGAAUCUGUUACUUGUUGAGCAUGAGAAUAGAAGGAAUCGGUGAUGUUGCCCCCGUA